UUCAUGGAGACUUCUCUACGGUUUCAGCAGGAAAAAGAUGGGGAAGAUCACAAGUCCUGCAGUUACAAGCUGGUUCCAUGGUUAAGUUGGGAUGAAUGGAACUUCGUCAGAGAAUCUCUAUUAUCGUCUUCUCCAGACUCGAUUGCCGCGGCUCUUAGAAGAAUAUACACGUGGCGAAGCAGAGGUUGUCUUCCCGUUGUGAUUGAUGUGACGGCCUCUAUACUUGAAAUUCAGCAGAAAGAUCCUUUUUUUGGGGAGGGUCACACUAAUGAUGCUUUAGAAUCAGAGGAAAUGCUUGCUAUGCUAUAUUGCAUGGCUAUCAUGAGGCUUGUGAAUGGUGUCAUUGAGAAAACACGUAAAAGAACAGAGGUUUCAAUUGCUGAAGCAGCUGAUGCACUUGGUAUACCAAGUAUGCUUAUCGACAUUCGCCAUGAGGGUUCUCAUCGUGAUCUCCCCUCACUUCAGCUGGUUCGUCUUGCCUCUAUGAAGGCACUUGAUUGGUUGCAAUCUUUUUAUUGGGAACCUCAAAAAAGGGUAAUUCCAUUUCAAAAGGAUGGGGUUGGUAAUAUUAGAAAAGAGAUCAUGUUUCGACUGCGUGACUGUAUCUUUAUUCGAAAGACUAGGCAGUCUCUGCAUUCAAUCAAGGGGAAACGUGUUAAACAGUCUGAACUAUGGUGUGGGGGUACUAAGUUCUUCUCCCGUAUGGCUGGAAAGCUCCAAUCUCCAAAAUCUCGAGGUCCUAAAAGACAGAUUUCCAAGAUUCUGCAAAAUCUUGUUCAGUUAUAUUCUUUGUUCCCCUCAGAAGUAGUUUCGGUGUUAUUGGAGUUCCUACUGAAGGUAUCAGAUUCCUCUCAUCAUUUGCUAGCGGACUACUUUUCUGCGAAUUCAAAAAUCCUCACAGGCACAAUUGAUGACUGGAAGUACGUAAUAAUGCGGCUGUCAAGUAAGGAACCAGAAUUGCUGCUCACCAUUCUCAAGGCAGUUCUUGAAAUAAUCAAGACUCAGGAAGCUAUGAAAUCUGAAAUUGGACAUCACUGCAUAUCAUCAAAGCAUAAGGCUGAGAUUCUUCAAUUUGAACAUCUUUCGUCACUUGUUCCAUGGCUCCUUGUGAAUCUUAACGAAGUAAAACAACAUAGACACACAGGAUGUUUGGCUGAAACCAAUGUUUCUGUGGUAGAAACAAAUGUUAUAUCAAGAGCAACUUUAAAAGAACUCCUACGGAAAUGUCUUUUAAUAAUAGCUCUGGGCAACAAACGACUCACUGGUUCUACACUGCUUCUUGCCCAAAUGACAGGAAACAGUUCUCUGGUAGAUAGGCUCAAGAAACUGGCUGCAGUUAGCCUUCCAGAUCAUGAUAUUACCAUUGACAGCUCUUCGGGUAUCAGUAUUGGAGACACCCUUCUCGAACAGGAGAAUUACAUAAAACAGGCAGCGGAAAAGUUGGAGUCUCUUAAACGGCAUCUGAUGAAGGGUGAAAUGGUCAAUAUAGUGCCAACAAGAUGAGGGAACAGAGAAAAACAUGUGGUCUGUAGCCAAGUCAUGGAACCCAUGCCCAAUUGGUAUGUUGCCUCGUGCUCUAGGUUCUUCAGGCAUUCUUCCUAUUCUUGACAGAACAGUUGACCACCCAAAGGUACACCAUCAAAAGGUUGAAGAAUUCUCUGAGGCUAAUGAGCACUGGGAGCUGAAUCAUUAUUGUGGAAAGAGAGAAGCGACUGCGACUUCUGAUAUUGAUGAUUUUGGAGGGCUCAACUGCCACUAAGAAAUGGAGGGAAACAGCAGAUGGUGGUCUCUUGGACAGUUGGGAUGGUUCAUCACUGAAAGCCGACGAAGGUCUACUGAUGAUUGGUGGGAUUUGGAAGAAGGUUGCAACCCAGGAAUUGCUAGCCAUUGGAUCUGCUGUAAGGAUUUUGGUAU